AUGAACGAAAAUCUAUUUUCCUCAUUCAUUACCCCAACAAUAAUAGGACUCCCUAUUGUAAUUAUUAUCACUAUGUUUCCAAGCAUUAUAUUCCCAUCACCUACCCGACUAAUCAAUAAUCGACUCAUCUCCAUUCAACAAUGAUUAGUGCAACUAACAUCAAAACAAAUAUUAUCCAUCCACAACCAAAAAGGACAAACUUGAGCCCUGAUAUUAAUAUCACUAAUCUUAUUUAUCGGUUCUACUAAUUUAUUAGGCCUCCUGCCCCACUCAUUCACCCCCACCACACAACUAUCUUUAAAUCUGGGUAUAGCCAUCCCCUUAUGAGCAGGCACUGUAAUCACUGGUUUUCGGCAUAAAACAAAAGCCUCUUUAGCCCACUUUCUACCACAAGGAACACCACUACCUCUAAUUCCCAUACUUAUUAUUAUCGAGACUAUUAGCCUAUUCAUUCAACCCAUAGCCCUGGCCGUACGACUAACAGCCAAUAUCACCGCAGGCCACCUAUUAAUUCACCUGAUCGGAGGGGCUACUUUAGCCCUAAUAAACAUUAGCACAGUUACAGCAAUAGUUACCUUCACUAUCCUCGUCCUCCUAACUAUCCUAGAAUUCGCAGUAGCUCUUAUCCAGGCCUAUGUAUUCACCUUACUAGUAAGCUUAUACUUACACGACAAUACUUAA